UGCUUUCCCGCCCACAUACUGUCAAUUAGCUUUGUUUAUAUAAGUAGAACGAGGUUAAUGUUAAUGUCAGACGGAUGUUAGGAGUCAGGAAACGUUUAACGUUUGCGCUGUCGGUCUCCUGAAGGCUUUUUACUGACUGAAAGUUUACCGCUUCCUGGACAGAAACAGUGGAUUAAGCCGUUAUUACUAUGGCUCAGGAGGAAAGUAAGCGGCUGGUAGUAGUGGUUCCCAACGAGACAUCCUUCCUGUCCCGCCGUGUGUUUACAAAUGAGGAUGAAGCCUGGAGGGCCUACCUGGAGAACCCUCUCACUGCAGCCACCAAGGCCAUGAUGAGCAUCAACGGAGACGAGGACAGUGUGGCGGCUCUCGGACUCCUGUAUGAAUACUACAAGGUUCCAAAAGAGAAAAGGCUCCUGUCUGUAGCUAAAUUACCAGAGGAAGAAAAAAGAAUAUGCCAUGGUGGUGUGGAAUCCAUGAAUGAGCGUGUUCAGGGCACCAGAUCUCCCCCAGUCAAUCUCUCAGUCCACACAGACUCUCGUAGCACAGAGGUGAAGCGAGACUCAUACAGCGCAUUACUAGCAGAGGGGGGAGUGGUGGCAACCAUAAAGUCAGAGUCAGUGUAUUCUAACCAGCAGCAAGAGAGGCAGCCAUACCACCAUGUGCCUUACCAGCAGUCCACUCAGGAGGCACAUAGGAGUUAUAGUAAGGAAGAGCAGAGGAGCAUGCCAGAUAGCACCUUUGAAGACUCUUACAAUAGCGAGACUGUGCAGAAAUUCAGAGUGCCCACCACUCUAGGGGCCCAAGACGCUCUCUUUCAGCAGCCUGGAAUGAACACGCUCCAGUAUAACAUAGAAGCGAGCCGCUCAGUUCGGCAGAAACCUGGCGAGGGUCCAAUGAUCUAUCUGAACAGAGGUCAGUUCUACGGCGUCACGCUGUGUGAGGCGGGCAUCAGUAAAGGCUUGCGCCAUCCUAUCAGCAAAGUGAGGAGUGUGGUGAUGGUGGUGUUUGGAGAGGACAAAUGUCGCGAUGAGCAGUUGAAGCACUGGAACUACUGGCACACCCGACAGCAUACUGCCAAGCAGAGAGUCCUGGACAUUGCUGAUUACAAAGAGAGCUUUAACACUAUUGGGAACCUGGAGGAAAUUGCCUACAAUGCUGUCUCUUUCACUUGGGACAUUAAUGAGGAGGCUAAGGUGUUUAUCACAGUGAACUGUUUGAGCACAGAUUUCUCCUCACAGAAAGGCGUGAAAGGGCUUCCGCUUAUGAUUCAGAUUGAUACGUACAGCUACAACAACAGGAGCAACAAACCAAUUCACAGAGCUUACUGUCAAAUCAAGGUCUUCUGUGACAAGGGAGCUGAGAGGAAGAUUCGUGAUGAGGAGAGAAAGCAGAUGCGGAAAAAGACAAAGGGUCAUGUGGCUGGAGGGCAAGGUCACAAUGAUCUGGCAGGUAAAAGAGUAGGUCCUGGAGCAUUAAUGCAGAAGAGGUCAGACAUCACAUUUUUCAAAUCCAUAACAGACCUGGAAUCUCAGCCAGUGCUAUUCAUCCCUGAUGUCCAUUUUAGUAACUUGCAGAGAGCUGCACAGAUGUUUGGAUGUAGUUCUGAAGAAAUGGAGAGUGAUUGUGUGGUGAUGAAGAGGGUGGUCAAACAGUCUGAGGAUGAUCCCUGCCUUCCACCAACCAAACAGAGCAAAAGUGAUGCACCAAGGAGAGUUCUACUGUAUGUAAGGAAAGAGUCUGAUGAGGUCUUUGAUGCAUUAAUGCUCAAGUCACCAACAGUGAAGAGCUUGAUUGAGGCUAUAUCGGGCAAAUACUCCCUUCCUCUUGAGAAGAUGAGUAAAAUCUACAAGAAGAAUAAGAAAGGGAUUCUGGUCAACAUGGAUGACAACAUCAUUGAGCACUACUCCAAUGAAGAUGCAUUUGUACUAAACAUUGAGCCUCAGGCAGAGUGCUUUCAGGUUACACUCACAGAAAUCUAAUGGCUGCAUUAAGACUAGUAGGUGGACUUAUAAUGGCCUUCUCGUCAACCAGUUAGAGAAGAACAAAUCAAAUAUGGAUAAAGCAGGAUAAAACAGAGUACCUAACUAGAGAAUACUGUAGAUUCCCUACAAAUGGGUGGCAGACUGUGACAAACACCUAUAUACUUUCUUCUUUUUUUUUUUCUCCGUGUUUAAGCUCGCACGAAAACAUAGAAUUAUCCCUGCGGUUCAUGCGUAGUAUUGUGUGUUCUGGAAAUAACUAGCCCAACAGGUUCUUUUAAGUAGCUUUCAGUAUUCUGCUUUUUAAUCCACCCUCAUGAAAUGAGGAGAAUAGGAAACAUCAUCACACCGUUGUACAUUCUUAAAGGUUUGCUUACUAGGAACUCUGAUGUCAUACAUUUUAACCUCUCUAAACGGUGUCCCAUUGUCUCUUCUUUAAUAUAUGUUAGGGUAUAUAGUCAUGUGAAAAAAAUAAGUACACGCCAUGGAAUUUUUUGCAUUUUAUUUGGAUGAGCAAACAUUUGAUCCUCUUAGAAACAGUGCCUAUUAAUGAAGGUGAUACACCUAUCAAAUGACAUACAGUUGGCAUUUAAUAGUAAUUUUCACUAUUUAAAUCAACAAAAACAGUCGCAUGGAAAAAAGUAAGUACAACUAUACAGUUAUCACACCUGUAAAUCCACACAGUUAGAAUCAGGUGUUGAAGAUUGGGUGCCAGUGAUUAGAAGCUGCUUAGGCAGCGCAGGUGGUGCCUGUCUUAUUUAUACCACUCUCAUAUCUAGAGUCUGGUGUUCCCUUUGUUAUUGAGAUGUGUGGUGUCAUCAUUCCAAGAUCUAAAGAGAUCUAUAAAUCCUUCAGAAAAAAGGUUGUGGAUGCUUAUGAGUCUGGUAAGGCAUUUAAAAAGAGCUCCAAAUUAUUUGAAAUACAUUAUUCCACUGUAAGGAAAAUCAUCUAUAAAUGGUGUAGAUUUCAAAUGACGGCCAAUGUGUCGAGGACUGGCUGUCCCAACAAAUUCAGCCCAAAAGCAGUCCGUCUGAUGCUAAAAGAAGUCUCCAAGAACCCCAAAAUUUCCUCACAGGAUCUGCUAGUAAGUCUACCACCUGUUGGUGUCUACAAUCAGAAACAGAUUGCACAAAUUGGACCUGCAUGUGAGGCAUGCCAGGACAAAGCCUUAGCUGUCUAAAAAGAACAUUAGAGCAAGACUACAGUUUGCCAAUGAGCAUAUAGGCAAAGACCAGCCCUUUUGGAAUAAUGUGCUCUGGACAGACGAAUCAAAGAUAGUAGUUUGGCCACAGUAACAGCAGACAUGUUUGGUGCAGACCAAAGACAGCUUUUCAGGAGAAGCACUUCAUACCAACUGUGAUGCACGGUGGUGGAAAUGUUAGGGUUUGGGGUUAAUUUGCUGCCUCAGGGACUGGACAGCUUGCAUUCAUUGAUUCAACUAUGAAUCCUGCAUCAUAUCAAAGAGUGCUUGAAGAUCAUGUGAGGCCAUCUGUCUGAAAGAUGAAGUUGAAUCGAAAGUGGACCUUUUAACAGGAUAAUGAUCCUAAACAAACUAACAAAUCCACCAAGGAAUGACUCAGAAAGAAGAAAUGGAAGGUCCAUUUGACAAAUGGACAAAUGUCAAAAAAGCCACCAAUUUCCAUGGGGUGUAUAUAUUUUUUCACAUGACUGUAUGUGUAGUUUUAGUGAAUGUCUUUGCAACAUGUAUAUAUUUAAUGUCUUCAGGUUGUGUGUAUAUUUCUUUGUUAAUUAAUGUAAUAAACAGUAUAUUUUUUUUUCUGCCUUGUUUAAGUGGAGAACUUGUAUGAAUUGGUGUAUACAAAACUGAGAACAUGUAUGUCAUCAUCAUAAAGGAGAAGAAAAUAUAUAACAUUUCAAAUCGUAAGAGAAGCAAACAAGUCAUGGGUAGUUUAAGCACAGGCCAGAAUCUGAAAUGAAAAAAGGAUAAUCAAUUUAAAGAGAGGCAACAGUGUAUUUCAGCCAAAUUGUAUUUUGAAAUGGACUUGAACGCUUGCAUAUUGACAGUUAGUUACAUAGAUUGGUGUUACUCCACAUAACUAUCAGACUCUGGGAGAAGUUGUGGCACAGAGUUUGAAGGCAGAAUUGUACAUUUCAGUAAUUCAGAUGACCAUUUCAGUAAUUCAGAUGACUGUUUUCAGUUUGUUUUGAAUAUUUAAUUAAAACACCUUCCUCACUACACAUUUUAAGCCUAUUACCUUUCUGGAAUUAAGGCUUUCCCAUGACCAUGAAUAUAAGUGUUUACAGUUAUAUAACUGUGUAUGUGUGUGUAUGUGUAUAUAUAUAUAUAUAUAUAUAUAUAUAUAUAUAUAUAUAUAUAUAUAUAUAUAUAUAUAUAUAUAUAUAAAAAAUUAGGCUAUCCCAUUAUACCGCUAUUUAACAUAUCCAAAAUGUUCAGGUGUGUUGAGGUCUGGUGACUGUGAAGGGCAUAGCGUAUGAUUUACGUUACUUUUAUACUCAUUAAGCUGUUCAGUGAGCCCUUGUAGCCUGAGGAUGGGGAAAUGUUUUGAAGCUGAUCAGUCAGAAUGGCUAUGUAUCGAUUUGUAGUGGACUUUUCCUCUAAGAGAAUGAGUGGACACAAACCACACCAUUAAAAUCCAUCCACAACACAGCAGAGCCACCAGAAUUUCCUUUAACUGUCACUCACCUGUAGAAGUAUUCUUUUACCUUGUGGUUACUUCUGUUUGUAUUAAUGUCAAACAGCAGCACUGUGUGGUGUAAAUAGGGAAUAGACUCUGGCUGUGUCCAAAAUCUGCCCCUUGUUAUAUGUGUACUGUACAUUCUAAAUUUGGUGUUUUUGUUGUUGUUUUUUGUUAAUAAAUAUUUUUGUUUUGUUAAAAUAAAGUCCAUUUUCUUCUUCUUAA